ACCUCCACUGUUAUUCUCAGUAGCAUGUCUGGGGAAGUCUGGGAUUAGACGCAGACAUCUGCUCCUUUCAUUUAAUUUCUGUUGCUGAAUAAUUGAAAUAUCAACUGAACAAGAGAGACAAGAUGUUACAGAUGUCAUUAGAAGCUACCUGAUCUGAAAUCCAGACCCGGGCAUACAGAAUAGCAGUAAGGAAUCGAGAGUAAGGAAGCUCACACUUACCGCAAGGUCACCAGAGCACUGACCAUGCCGACCACAUCCACCCAAGUGCUGGGCCUCAGCCUUAUCAACUCCACCAGCACACCCAACAUCUCAGAUGAGCCCAGCUCGUUCUACAAGUUUGUCCACCUGGAUACCGAACUAUACAAAGACUUUUAUAGCUUGUGGAUAUCUUUGAUGGUCAUCAAUUCCAUCAUUUUCCUGGUGGGUGUGGUGCUCAACAGCUUGGCGCUGUAUGUGUUCUGCUUCCGCACCAGGACAAAAACCACCUCUGUCAUCUACACCAUCAACCUGAUUGUGACUGACCUACUGGUGGGCUUCUCCUUGCCCGUCCGGAUCAUCAUAUACUACAGUGCAAGGGACUGCUUCAAAUGCUCUUUGGUUCAUAUAUUCGGCUACUUCGUCAACAUGUACUGCAGCAUUCUCUUCCUGACGUGCAUCUGUGUUGACCGGUACCUGGCCAUCGUGCAGGUGGAAGCGUCUCGGAAGUGGAGAAAUCCCACCUGUGCCAAGGGGAUCUGUGUCUUCAUCUGGAUCUUUGCCACGGUGGUGACAUUCUCCGUCUUGACCAUGGCAAUAAAGUUCGCCCACUGCUGCCUUGCGAAAAUCUUGGCCUUGAUGGUCUGUGAGUACUUCUUCCCGCUUGUCAUCAUCACCUUCUUCACCACUAGGAUCAUGUGUGCGCUGUCUAAACCCAGCCUCAUGCACCAGAGCCGGGAGAGACGGAUGAGGGCUGUACAGCUCCUUAUCACCGUCCUCAUCAUCUUCAUGAUCUGCUUCACUCCUUUCCAUGUGCGCCAAGUGGCUAUUUCCAUCAACCCAGAUAUGCCCAGGAGCAUCAGCCUGGUAGUUUACCACGUGACAGUGACACUGAGUAGCCUCAACAGCUGCAUGGACCCAAUCGUCUACUGUUUUGUCACCAACAACUUCCAGUCGACCAUGAGAAGCAUCUUCAGGAAGGCCGAGCUGGAGCAAACCAGCAUGGACAUCAUCAGUAUGAACAAGAAUUCCAAGGGCUCGGGCACAAAUGCAAUCAUCGCCUUCUCAAACACGAUCGGGGGCCCUCUGAGCUUGCCUUCCCCAAGCAGCACACCUAUCUAAUCAAGGGGGCAUAGUGCAGUAGGCUGGCGCACGGUUGCUGGAAUACCGCUGGGUUGUACAGUCCUAUUGUCCUUGACCUUGUGUUGUCUAGUGGGACGUUUAGACCGGUUGUGUUGGAAUUUCUUCCUCAAGAACACGAUGCUCUGUUUGGAAAGAGGAGCUCUCGUGCUGUUCGUGCCAAUGCAAAAGAUAGUCUGUGACUGAUUGCACAGGGCAGGAACGCUCUUUUUGCAUUUGAACACAAACGUCUUCCUCGUGCCGAAUCCAGUUCUGUCAGUGGUUUUGUUUACUGUUUCACACCGGGAUGUGUGACACUCAGACGCAGAAGAAGGCCGUGUUUCCUGUGAAAGCCUUCCCACCUUGAAAAUGUUGCUCUUGAGAAAUAGAGAUGUUGCUGAGCUCUCCACUGGUUGAGUGACUGCAAAGAUUUUAGAUGCCAUGCAAGGAAAUGGAGAGGGACAAAGAAAGCCCAUGAGCAGCAAUUCAAAUGUCUCUGAAAUGUGCCUGGACUUUAUGGAAGAUACUGUAAAGCAAAAUAGUAAUAAUCCCUGACAAUGCAACAAUAAGGAAAGGAAGUGUUUGGUUUUUAUAUCUAAUAUAUAUAUGCGCAAGGAUUUUUUAUUCUGUUUGUUGGUGUUUAGUAUGUUCUGUAUUCAGAUUAGUCAUGGGAAUCGCAGGUUUCCCUAAAUCUCAGAUGGGCACAGAAAGAGUCUGUACAAACUGAUGUGAUUCCCUAAAAACUCUACCUACUCCUCUUGCUGCAAUAAUGAUGACAAACAGGACCAACAUAUUAAGUUGUAUUAUAUUAGGAUUUGCUAUUCCAACUCCCGCCCUGGUUCUGUCUAAUUGGGCAUCUGUCCUGCUGAUUCAAAUAAGGAAAUUAAAGGGAAAGGAAAAUCCACCUUAAAUAUGGAGGUUGAAAGUCACCUCCGUGCAAAGCCACACGCAUGAUUUAACUCCCCGUGUUUGGGAUUUAAACAGUGCUCUAGUCUCUCUGCAGACCUUCCCUACAAUGCUAUA